AUGGAGUUGCCUGAUGGUUUGAAGUCUGCGGUCCGGACCCCUGGAGUCCGAAGCCCGCCUGGGCUGGCGGAGGGGACCGAGCGGAGCGGGGUGGCAGCAGGCAGGGCGCACGGCCAGGGUGCCCAGCUCCCCGGCUGCCCGCAGGGUGGGGCCGCAGUGGCCGCCGCUCCCUUCCCGCGCCUUCCCCAUCCCCGAAGACGACACCCCUCCUUCCGCCCGGCCCGCUCCCCACCCUCGCCGCGGCGCCGCCUCCCCGCCGCCCUCCCGCGCUGGCCCCGAGCCUCGCAGGCAGCCAGCGAGCGAGGGGAGCGCUCUGGGAUGGGACUUGGAGGAAGCGGCGAAGGAGGAGACAGCGGCCGAGGCUCGGGCUUCUUCCGCGGCUCCCGCGAGCAACCCCCGAGGAGAACGGCGCCUCCCCGAGCGGCGAGGAGGCCGGCGACGAAGACCCGGGUGGCUGCGCCCGUCUCGCUGCUCAGGCGCCCGCGGCGACGGCGGCUGCAGGUGAGCGGGGCGCGCUUUCCCCGGGGAUCUCCGCGCGGCCCCGCCGCCCCGAGGCGCGGACAGACCGGCCGACCGCCUGACAGACCUACAUACCGACCCGCAGAGCGCGGGCGGACGGGCGCACGCGGGCGCUGCCCCAGGCCUGCGUGCCCGCCAAGCCCCGGCCCCUGCCUGCGGCUUGGCGCGGCGCCUCCGGCCGGGCGCCCCCUCCGCCCAGGGGCUCGUGGCUCCCGACCCUGCUGGGCGCGCGCGAGCGGCGGGCGGCGCUGCCGGGACCCCCCAGGCGGGGAGAAGGCUGGCCACUGGGGCCGGGCGAGCGGGGCGCGCUCCCUGCACCGGGCGCACCCGCAGUGCCCCGUGGGGGCGCUGUGCCCCGCGGCGCGCAUUCCAGACCUGGGCUCCCAUGGCUGCGGGGACGGGGAGGCUGAGACUUGUUGA